GAGACUGAGGAGUUUUGCUACAUUUUGUAGUGAGGUGAAGUGCGCCAAUCCUUCACUUCAGGAUCGCACCAAUCACCGUUCAGCAUCAUGCCCCUAUGGGCCUAUGCCUCCCUCCCUGACUCCAGAUCCCACACCUUGCACCGCUAGGCUUCACAUUCGCCAGCAAGGAUUUUGGCGCAAGACGUUGACAAAUCAGGCACCAGAGCUAGUCACACCCAAUGAUGAUCAAUUCUGCUAUACGAGCCACCUUUGGCAUUUUUAAAACAUCAGAUUGCACGCCGACACAAUGUCAAAAGCGGCCAAUUUCCAGUACACCAACCCAUUGAGCGAGGACCCCCUACAGUGCUUCAAAGACUGCUUAUCAGAGUUCGCCCACCGUCGCAACUCCUGCCCAACGGACCCCUUCGCUUCUCCGCUUGUCUCCCCCGAAGUUUCCGACUCCAGCACCAACUCUAAGCUCCACAAUCACGAGGAGUACCCCCCCCUCUCACCGCGAUCGCACUCGCUAACUGCCCAGGUUAGGGCUAACCAGGUUUUUGCAUUGCAAGAGGGGCUGGAGAGCCAGGGGGCCAGGCGACGGCCGAGGGUUUAUAAGGUCAAGUGUGACGAGAUCAGGGGGUGGGGAUUGGUGCUUGAGGAGAAUGUGUCGCUACUUGAUCCUGCUUGUCACCUCGUGGCUGUGAAGAAGGACGGAAGGCUAGGCUUGCGCAGUGGCCUGGCCCAGGGCCGUCUACUGCGGUGCAACCCGCAGCUCGAGCUGAGCUUCGUGCGCGGGAACCUGGAGAGUUGGGAGGCUUGGAGCCUUCGAGGAGAGACUUUGUCCGAUUGCCUGCUGAAGAAUCGCCGCUUCAAGAAGGAGCUGAACGUUUCGAUCAUGACCAUCGGCGAGGUGGUCGACUCCCCCGGGAACGUGCGGUUGACCCACGACGCCGUUCUCGCAGCGGAGGCGCUCGCAUAUCCGGGCCCGUACGUGUCUUCCUCAGCCAAAAAGAGCCCCUUCAUUUCAUCAGGGGGGCUCCAAAACGGGGAGCGGCAGGGGGGGGCUUCUGGGGUGAGCGAGAAGGUGCGCUUCUUUGAUGGGCUGCCAAACGGAAGCGCUGAAGGGAAAAGUGUACACGGGAAAGUGAAAGUGGAUAGGGAUUUGGAGGAAGAGAUGGAUGCGGUGCGGGGAGAAUUCGACGGUGCAGAGAGCGCUCUGAGGACGAUCGACGGUGCAGAAAGCCUUCUGAGGGAGAUCGACGGUGCAGAGAGCACUCUGAGGACGAUCGACGGUGAGGAGCGCGAGUCGAGGGCGAUGAACGGCUGCAACGGAGACGAGGUGGGACAGAAAAGUGAGCGGGCGGUUGGGAACCUCGACGAUAACGAAGGGGGCGAACUAGAGCGGGGCUUUGUGGCACGGGAGGAACGCCACGGGCGGAAAGGAAGUCCAUAUGGCAACGGAUUGAGUCUGGACAGAGAUGAACGGCUUCCGGACGGAAACGGACUGGAUGCGGACGGAACGGAACGUCAGCCUGACGAAAAGGAACAGGACCCGGACGGAAGGCCACGGAAAAUGGACGGAAACGGACCCAAGGCGGACGGCUUCAGACCGCAUUCGGACGCAAUUCUGCGGUGUCCGGAUGAGGGCGAUGUCGUUCUUUCGGACGCUUACCAGCUGGACGGUACUGACAACGAGAUUCUUGUGAAAACGGCGCUGGUAGAUGGGCCGGUUAGGCGGGAACCGGAUGGGAUCGGUUCGGACGGCGGGGUUCAGACAGGGAGCGUUUCGGACAGCGGGGUUCGGACAGGGUUAGGGAGCGGUUUGGACGGUGCGGUUCGGAUGGGGUUAGGGAGCGGUUCGGACGGCGGGGUCCGGACGGGGUUAGGGAAUGAUUCGGACGGCGGGGUUUGGACAGGGUUAGGGAGCGGUUCGGACGUCCAAACGGGGGGUCGUCGUGGGGAGGGAAUGCGAGCGGGAGCGGAGGCCGUGGAGGAGUUACGGCGCCUUGCGGCCGAGAACGAGCGCCUGCGCCACGAGCUCGCGCUCGAGGUCGAGACCGCGGCAUUCCAGCGGUCCGAUCUGCUGCGCCAGCUGGAGAAGGAACGGCACCGGACGGAGCAGCUGCAACUAGAGCUGCAGCAAGCCGGGUCCGGACGGUCCACACCGUCGUCCGCAAGGAGGCGGCUCACCUUCCAGGAAGACCGGAAUAACGCUGCGAGCGUGGCGGAACGGGUGGAGGGCCAGCUGGCGGACGCCGUCGCGAGGCUGAACGGCAGUCGAGAGGCUCUUUGCGCAAGGGCAGACAGGGCCACUCAAAGCACCGGCCAGGAGUCCGUUUCGCCGACGUUCUUGCAGCGCCUCGUAGCGUGGACACGUGUCACGCUCCGGACGUCCCGGACCGUACUGCCCUGGUUCGUCGCGUUCGGAUUGGGCAUCUGGCUGACGCGAUUGAAAGCCAAGCGGAGACAACGUUUGAAUGGCUAGAUAGCUGAAACCAGUGAUUAUAUACGAAAUUUUGAGUACGUGCAAUACUUAGUCAAAGCUCUUGAGCGGAUACAAGUCAGAAGUUAGUGGGUGCGGUUGUUGGUUGUCAAUCGAGGAACCCGCAUUACCACUGCUUAAAAAACUAAGUGAUUGAUAGAAGAACGAUUCGGGCUGGUGGCCCUUGUUUUACUUAUACUAGUAGAUGUACAGUUGAUCUAUGCGUAAAAGUGAGUAAGUGGAGCAUUGAGCGGUUCACUCUUUGCAAUACAUAUAGACUUUGUUCUGAACGCGAUGUAUGUACGAAACAUGACAAAGAAGCACCUGUGGAUG